AUGGCUCCCGCAACUGGCCCCGACCACCCUGACAAGAAGAAGGCUCACUUGAUGGAUGCCUCUGGUGCCGAGCGCAAGGAUGAAGAUGACACCGCAACCGCCAUCCUCAAAAAGAAGAAGAAGCCCAACCAGCUGAUGGUUACCGACGCCGUCAACGAUGACAAUUCUAUUAUUGCGCUGUCCAACGCUACCAUGGACUCCCUCCAGCUGUUCCGUGGCGACACCGUUCUCGUCCGCGGCAAGAAGAGGAAGGACACUGUCCUGGUUGUCCUUGGUGACGAUGAUCUCGAUGAUGGCAGCUGCCGCAUGAAUCGUGUUGUACGACACAACUUGCGUGUGAAGCACGGUGAUGUCGUCACCAUUCACCCUUGCCCAGAUAUCAAAUACGCCAAGCGCAUCGCUGUUCUGCCCAUCGCCGAUACCGUCGAAGGCCUGACUGGCUCGUUGUUCGACGUCUUCCUUGCCCCAUAUUUCCGCGAGGCCUACCGCCCUGUCCGCCAGGGUGAUCUAUUUAUUGCUCGCGGUGGCAUGAGACAAGUCGAGUUCAAGAUCGUCGAGGUCGACCCCCCAGAGUACGGUAUCGUUGCACAAGACACAGUCAUCCACUGUGAGGGUGAGCCCAUCCAGCGUGACGAGGAGGAGAACAACUUGAACGAGGUCGGCUACGACGACAUUGGUGGAUGCAGGAAGCAGAUGGCCCAGAUUCGUGAGAUGGUCGAGCUUCCCCUGCGUCACCCACAGCUCUUCAAGUCCAUCGGUAUCAAGCCUCCACGCGGUGUGCUACUAUUCGGUCCUCCGGGUACCGGAAAGACUCUGAUGGCCCGAGCCGUCGCCAAUGAGACGGGUGCCUUUUUCUUCCUGAUUAAUGGCCCUGAGAUCAUGUCCAAAAUGGCCGGUGAAUCCGAGUCCAACCUCCGAAAGGCUUUCGAGGAGGCUGAGAAGAACUCCCCAGCCAUCAUCUUCAUCGACGAAAUUGAUUCCAUCGCCCCCAAGCGUGAGAAGACCAACGGUGAGGUCGAGCGUCGUGUCGUUUCUCAGCUCCUGACCCUCAUGGACGGCAUGAAGGCCCGCUCCAACGUCGUCGUUAUGGCUGCCACCAACCGUCCCAACUCUAUCGAUCCCGCCCUGCGUCGCUUCGGCCGUUUCGAUCGCGAGGUCGACAUUGGUAUCCCUGACCCAACCGGCCGUCUUGAGAUUCUGCAGAUCCACACCAAGAACAUGAAGCUCGGCGAUGACGUCGACCUGGAGCAGAUUGCCGCCGAGACCCACGGUUACGUCGGUUCUGAUGUUGCCGCCCUCUGCUCCGAGGCUGCCAUGCAGCAGAUUCGUGAGAAGAUGGAUCUGAUUGAUCUCGAUGAGGACACCAUUGACGCCGAGGUUCUCGACUCUCUUGGUGUCACCAUGGAGAACUUCCGAUUCGCCCUUGGCGUCUCCAACCCAUCUGCUCUCCGCGAGGUUGCCGUCGUCGAGGUGCCCAACGUCCGUUGGGAGGAUAUUGGUGGCCUGGAGGGAGUCAAGCAGGAGCUCAAGGAGCAAGUCCAAUACCCUGUUGACCACCCCGAGAAGUUCCUCAAGUUCGGCAUGUCACCCUCUCGUGGUGUCCUCUUCUACGGACCCCCCGGUACGGGUAAGACGAUGUUGGCCAAGGCUGUUGCAAACGAGUGCUCUGCCAACUUCAUCUCCGUCAAGGGUCCUGAGCUGCUGAGCAUGUGGUUCGGCGAGUCUGAGAGCAACAUUCGUGACAUCUUUGACAAGGCCCGCGCUGCUGCGCCCUGCAUUGUCUUCCUGGACGAGUUGGACUCUAUCGCCAAGGCUCGUGGCGGCUCCGUGGGCGACGCCGGUGGUGCCUCGGACCGUGUUGUCAACCAAUUGCUGACCGAGAUGGACGGCAUGACUUCCAAGAAGAACGUGUUUGUCAUUGGUGCUACCAACCGACCUGAGCAGCUUGAUCCCGCUCUGUGCCGUCCUGGCCGUCUCGACUCCCUCAUCUACGUGCCUCUGCCCGAUGAGGCGGGUCGUCUUGGAAUCCUCCAGGCCCAGCUCCGCAAGACUCCUGUGGCUGGUGAUAUCGACCUGUCUUUUAUUGCCUCCAAGACCCACGGCUUCUCUGGCGCCGAUCUGGGCUUCAUCACUCAGCGUGCGGUCAAGCUGGCCAUCAAAGAGUCCAUCGCUCUCGACAUCGAGCGGACCAAGGCUCGCGAGGCUGCUGGUGAGGAUGUUGACAUGGAAGACGACGCCGAGGACCCCGUUCCCGAGCUUACGAAACGCCACUUCGAGGAGGCCAUGCAGAUGGCUCGCCGCUCUGUCACCGAUGUUGAGAUCCGCCGUUAUGAGGCCUUUGCUCAACAGAUGAAGAAUGCAGGUCCAGGAGCCUACUUCCAGUUCCCCGACGCUGACUCGGCCGCCAACAACGCCGCCGCUGACUUCGGUGACGCGGGCAACGAUGAUGGUCUGUACGACUGAGCAUACCCUCAAAAGAUUGCACGACAUCAUUGAUCCCUGUAUUCUACGUCUUUCGUCCUUUUUUUUUCCUGGUGGGAAGGGCUGUGGUCGAGAAUGGUGCACACGCAAAUAGGCUGGUCGUUGGCACGAGCAGCUAUCUGUAAGCAGCCCUGGCUGAUGGCAUUGAAGACGCUUGUGCCUAGAAAGUUUUGGGAGUAGACGACCUCGGACAGGUCUUCUGGACGUUGGGCUGGCAUGCUAGGGAGCAAGUUCUUUAAACUCUUUAUCGACAAAAGGAGUUCUCGCCCCGGGCCAAUUUCUCCAUACAUAGAGACUGAGAUCUUGGAGUUUGCCGGUUACCUGGUACAGGCGAUCUGGAUCACGAUAGAUUUCCUUAAUGAGACACUGCUUUAUUGAAUCU